GCAGGCAGGCAGACAGACAGACAGACAGACAGGCUUCCACCACACACAGGGGCGAAAACCUGCCGGUGUUGUGUUACGUGAAUUGUCGUUUCUCUUUUGCCAAGUGAUGGAGGGGGGUCGCCCCGUGAUCCCAGCAGCGUCCUCGCGGUCACAAGCUUUUCGCUUGUUUUUGUUCAAAUGAAAAGCGUGAACUGAUGAUUCAAGAGUAUCGCGCGCUGACGCCAAAAUCUCAGCAUCCCUCACACACACACACACACACACAGCAUGCAGCUGCAUUGACGGUAAACAGCGAAGGUAGCGCAUGGGCAGCCAGCAGGGAAUUAUUCCACAUCCCAUCACAUGCCUGAACAUACAUGGCGUCCUCGCGUACAGAGCCAUGCAUCUAGUGUGCAGGCUCGUGCAAAAACAAACAAUAUAGAUAUUAUUUAUAUAUAUAUAUAUAUAUAUAUAUAGAUAUAUGUGUGUGUGGUGUCUUUUUGCAGCCAUCAUUGUGUGCGUCGUUGAGCAGCAGCAGCAGCAGCAUCAGCGAGGAAGAUUCAGCGCACAUCGCAACCAUAGGUAUCCUCGGCAUCGAGACGAUGGACGUGGGCUCAUCCGGCUCUUUUCCUGCAAGCGCGGCGCGAUCUUUUUCCGCCCAGUCUCAUCCGCAUCUUCCCAAUGUUGCAAGGUGUCUUUGAAGCGGCUGAAGGACCUCUGGAGGAGAUGAGAAGAAAGGUCUAUUUCGACUCACGCCUGUCAAGAUGGAGGCAUCGUUGACGCCAAACACGUCGUCCCACUAGAACGCCAUUCUCCAUGAGAGCAAGGGGCCUUGUAACCUGUAAGCCUGCAAUUCCCGCUUUCUAUGAGCGCUGAUUCUCAACGAAGAAUUGGUCCCACCGUCGGCGACCCAAUGUAGGAACCGUCCCCGCCUUUUAUUCUCUCAGCGCCCCACUCUCGCUUGGAUUUCAGCGUUCAGAUAAAUCCACCAGAACAGAGUAUGCCAUCUGCACCUUUUCACAGAAUCCUACGACCCCUUCUGCUCGGCACAUUCAUACUGGGAUGCUUUGUCACUCUGUUUUUGAUGUAUUUUAAACCGUCCACCAGCUGGCUAUCGGGUCCCGUCGAGUCGACCGUGUCCACAGACCGAGUUAAUAACCUCUUCUCCACCAAGAGCGACAAGAACGUGACCACAGUGCUAAUCUGGCUCUGGCCCUUCGGACAGACCUAUGACCUGGGUGUGUGCAGCUCUCUGUUCAACAUCGACGGCUGUUUCGUCACAGCGGACAGGAACCUCUUCAACAAGUCCGAUGGGGUCAUCAUCCAUCAUCGAGACAUCUGCACCGACUUGUCCAACCUGCCGCCGCUCCAGCGACCAUCCUUCCAGAAGUGGGUAUGGAUGAAUCUGGAGUCGCCGUCGCACUCGUCCCAGCUGCCUGGGAUCGAGAACCUGUUCAAUCUGACUCUCAAUUAUCGUCAGGAUGCUGACAUUGAAGUGCCUUACGGGUCCAUCGUAGCGGCAGAAGGUGAGGAGGACUUUGUCCCACCCAGCAAAAACAAGUUGAUCUGCUGGAUUGUGAGCAACUGGAACCAGGACCACGUGCGGGUGAAGUACUACAACGAGCUGUAUAAACACAUUGAGGUUCAUGCGUAUGGACAAGCCUUCGGGGAGUACAUCUCUGACCAAGACUACUUCCCCACUAUUGCCAGCUGUAAGUUCUACCUGGCUUUUGAGAACUCCAUCCAUAAGGACUACAUCACUGAGAAGCUGUACAACCCGCUCUCCGUGGGCACGGUGCCCGUGGUCCUCGGGCCGUCCAGGCAGAACUACGAGAACUUUAUCCAGGGAGACGCCUUCAUUCACGUGGACGACUUCAUGUCACCCAAGGAGCUGGCCGACUACCUGCUGCUCUUGGACAAGAAUGAGGAGAUGUACCUCAGGUACUUUGAGUGGCGACGGCACUUUAAAGUAAAGAAGGCCUAUUUCUGGGCAGAGCACACAUGCCUGGCCUGUGAUUACCUGCGUAGGCACAAGGAAUAUAAGGCAUUCAAUAACCUUGACAAGUGGUACUGGGGUGGAUAGAGCUUUUAAGGGCUAUGCAGUGCUUUGUUGUUUUGUUGAAGGCAGUGAUUUAAGAUUCUUUUUCCUUCAUUUGACAAGAAGGUUCUUGUUCAUUGUUCUGUCAGAAGCCCCCAAAUUCUGUUGUUCUUUAGGCUCAGUGGCCCAGUGACAUGCCCAUGCUGUUAUUUUGUUCAUUUGCAAGCCAAUUCUUUUUUUUUGCCUUAUUUUGUAUUAUUUUUUUAUUACAAUUAUAGAGAAAAAAAAAAUAACAAAUGCACUAACUUGUUUUUUAUCAUGAUUAUGAUUAUUAUUAUUAUUAGUUCAGCUACUGUUUUGCUUAACAUGACACCGUUUGCUGCUUUUUCUUUGCGUCCCUGUUGUUUUAUUGUUAGUUUGUUAGUGUGAAGGCAGUCGUGUGCGAAUGUCGCUGUAAAAAAAAGAAAAAGAAAAGAAAAAAAGAUUAUAUUCAGAGUGCGAGGUUGCCGGUUAGUCUAUAAAUAUCACUUUCUGUUGAAAUGGCACACAGCAGAUCUUGCUCUGGAGUUGGCUGCGAGGGGACGACGAACACAAACGUGAAAAUAUUGAUGUAAUAUUUAUUCAAGUGAGGCAUUGUGUCACAAAAAAAACCCAAUUUCAUCUGUGCUAGUGAAGCGGUCACCUAUGCAGUGUUUACUGAACUCAAAAUGUGAAAGUCGUUGAAUCGUGUCAUGUACAUAUUGUGUAGUUGUAAAAAAAAAAAAAAAAAAUAUUAUGUAGCUGUGAUUUCUUUUCUUUUUUUUUUCCUUUUCCAUAUUUUGCUCAUAUGUUGCACUGCUAAUCCAAAUGGUAAUGCCUGUACAGUAAGACACACUGUCGGUGGCAUAUGGUGAUCAUUACCCCCAGUCGUGUUUGACAGCAGAUGUGAGCGGGAGGUUACUAUUUUAAACAUCGUCGCGGAUUGUUCGUGUGUCACAUGGUCGGAUCCCAUGUGGAUGAUGGUGAUAGUACAAUGCAGGGCUGUGGCGCCGCAGCGCGAAACUCCCACACAACUCAUUAUGUGACAUCCUGAUUUGAUCCAAGUCUGUAGUUUUUUAACUUAACAGAGGAAAAGCAUAAGUCGAAACAUCCAACUGAACCCUUUGUGCGGAGCUGCUUUACCAUCGACGGUGUUUUGUUUUGUUUUUUUUCAGCAGUUGUUACCAGGUAGUUGCGGCAGGUGUGAAUUAGACCGGAUUGUCCUCGGUGAGCUCUGCCCAUGUUUGAGAUGUUGACCAUUACUGCAGGAAGAUUUCUGUCUCUGAAUCCAGUGAUGUUUGGGCAGCUGGCAGUUUUUCUUUCUUUCUUUCUUUCUUUCUUUCUUUCUUUUUUUACCACUGUUUACAGCACGACGCCUCUCAUGAUGACACUACAAACAGCUCUUCAUCUGUAGAUAUCACACUCGCGCAGAACAGCUUCUCCACUAAACAAUGCGUCUUAACAGCGACUCUGCAGCUACUGACAAAAACAAAACAAAACCAGAACAGAAGUACUGUGUGAAACCGAGUCCACAUUUUAUGCAAGCUAGGCCACUGGCUUCUUGGUCAAAAUACCACAAAAUGUGUCAGGUUAUCAUUUUGAUAUUUUCGUCACCAUCUAAAGGGACCAUUGAUGUAAAUACUGAUGAAGUCAAUUAUUUUUCUUAUGGGAUAUUGUUCUAAAUGCCAUAGAGAAACGUGUAUAUAAACCUUGCUGUAAACUGAAUCAACGUCUGGAUCAAACCAGCCCACUAACACAGAUCCCUUUCCCGUAUGUAAACGACACCGUCGGGGCUCCUGUAGUGUCUGCAUUAAUGGGGAAGAGGAAACGGUGUCUUGUAUAUAUUUUUAAUGUUGAAAUCUUCGUAACAUGGAAGUGUUGUCGGGCAGUGAAUGUGAUUUCGCCGUACCUUUGUUUGUCCUGCUGGUGCUCCAGUAGACUGGAUCAGAAUCAGAGACUCUAGAAUCCGAGUCAAAGGUGCUCGGACGGUUUCCAUCGAGGGAGGCAAUUUUACACCGAAGGAGUUAUUUUGAGGCCGUAAUUAAUUUGGCAUGACCCAAAUUUAAAAAGCUCACGCCUGAGCACAGCAAAGGUGCAGCACUUUUAUUUGUGUGGAGUUGCCUCACUGUGCUGGAUGGAGCUAUUGUGAAACCAGAAACUGUCCCACAGAUGAAACUGCCACUCGUGGUUUCAUACUGUACAGUCCGCUCUUGGAAACAAAAGGUUUCUUAUCCGACGUGGUUGGUGAAUUUGGAACCAAUAUGAUGGGGAGUUUUUUUUCUGCGCAAUCUCUAUUCUUUUCGUCCUCUCUUCCUUUCUCUGUGUGUUUUUUUAAAAAAAAACAUGAAGAGCCGUGGCUUUCUCAGACACUGUGUCUGAAUCUGUGCGUGUGUAGCGGCACUGGAGCGGGUGAAUCAGGAUACUGUCUGAAAACGUAAUACUGUGUGGAAUGACAUGAAGGUUUCUCCAUCAAUGCUAAUUUUCUGCCAGUUCACUGACCAGUCGUCAGUUGAGUCAAUCAGUGCAAGUUUUUUUUUUGUUCUAUUUCAUUUUGCCAAAUCAAUGUAAUUUUCGCCAAAUGUGUAACUGUAGAUGUCUGGUAGUGUCAAAGAAAAUAAAAAUCUGGAGAAAUGAGCAAAACACGA